AUAGAAUUAAUAAAAAAAUAUUAAAUACGAGCUGUAACUUUCAAAUUAUGCCGGUUCUCAAAUAUAGUAUCUUUAAUAAAUUAGGAUUUUGGAUAGCUGUAUUAAUUGUGAUUAUCGUCAUUUUUUUAUACAAGGAUUCAUAUGAAAACACUGAAAAUCAAAGUGAUAAGAUUGUGUGGAACUUCAAUUGGGAUAGUAAAGGCAUACUUUCCAAAGGAGAAGCAAAAGUUCGAAAUGUUAAGUCAUUUGUAUUUGUAAGACAUGGUCAUUACAAUAGACAGAGCGGUAGACUGACAAAAAUGGGCAGGGAGCAAGCAGAAGGUGCUGGAAAAUAUUUAAAGCAGAUGAGAAUGAAAUUCAAGGCUAUUUAUUCUUCAUCAUCUAUAAGAGCUCAAGAAACUGCCCAAAUUAUUCACCAAUACUUACCUAAAAUACCUUUUUACGAUGAUGACUUGUUGAAAGAGGGGUUACCAGACAAACCUAGUCCUACUCAAGGAAAUUGGAAUUUUUCAUCUGAGGUCUAUGAAAAACAUAUACCAAGAUUUGAAUCCGCUUUUAAAAAGUAUAUGCACAGAGCAGAUAUAGGAGAAGAUCGUAAUUUUUAUAUUCUCGUUGCCCAUGGCAACAUAAUUAGAUAUUUUCUUUUAAAGGUUCUUCAGCUAAAUACAAGGGCUUGGAUGCGGCUAAUGCUACCUCACGCUAGUAUAACUCUUAUUCAUAUUAACCCCGACGGUACUGUUACAGCAACCAGAAUUGGGAUGGCUGGUUUCCUAAAGCCAGAUCUCUUAACUUGGACUUAAAGUAUAUUUUUAGCAUAAAAUACGGAUAACCCAGAAGAAGCUUCAAGUUUAAACUUAAUACUAUGCUAUUUGGUAAGUUAUAAGUCGUGAAUUAUAAUAUAUGAUUCUUUUAUUUGCAUAAUUACGUUAUACUAUAUCUUGUUAAAUGUGGAAUAAAGAAACGCUA